AUGCUCAACACGUCACGCAACAUGGCACUGGCAGUUGAGUCACCUCUAAGUCCUCUCUUUGCGACUCCAACAACUCGAAGCUUGACGGCUACACGCAUGAACAUCAUGUGAAGAAGACGAGCACAAGCACGACAAUGAUGCACGGCGCACGCAGGCACGGGCGCGUGUACGGCGCGUUCGAGUGUGAGCGCGACACACACAUGCGAGCGCGACGUACAAGGGCUGCGGUGCGACGUACAAGGGAAGCAGUACGACGAGCAUGGACGCAACGACGAGGCGGGUGUUGUAGGGAGCGAGCAUGAUCAGCACGGUCAGCAGGGAGGCAGACAUGGUUAGCACAGGUACAAGCAUGACAAGUAAGUGCCUGACACGAAGACGUAGCUGGCGCGAAUGGGUUGCGGGUAACAUCCCUGGCACACGGCGCUGUUUGCUCCGUGUGUUCGUGGUGCUACCUGCGUCUCAUGAGACGAAGCACGCCGUCGGAGCAGGGGGCUACUGGCUGCUCUACGACUGGAACCUAACCUGGGAGGACGACGCCACGUUCAAGCUCGGCAGCGACACCAUCAAGAACAAGCUCCGUGCGGUGCCCCUCGACAGGAAGAACCACCCUUCGCAGUUCGUCGUCGCCCAGCCGCAGCUCCCCUCCGAACUUCGAGUCUUCGGCUCCCUCGGCGAGCAACUGCGCGCUGCACACGAGGCGCACGCGCCGAAAGCGUAGACCAAGCUCCUCACCGCGAUCGACGUGCCACUGCUCGCCGUCCUUUACGCUGGCGAGG